GAAUCCUUCCUCCUCCGACGUUACAAAAAAAAGACGAAUAAUUUUCCGGCGAAUAUAAACACAAUUGGGGUCUUAAACACGUCGUUUUUCGCGAUGAGCGGAAUACCCGGGACCGCCGUCGUCCAGGUGACCAAUCUGUCGUCGGCAGUGAGCAGCGAGCAGAUGCGCACUCUCUUCGGCUUCCUGGGGGACAUUGAGGAGCUGCGGCUCUACCCGCCCGACAACGCCUCCCUGUCUUUCUCGUCCAAAGUGUGCUAUAUCAAGUAUCGAGAACCAUCCAGUGUUGGUGUGGCGCAGCAUCUCACCAACACCGUUUUUAUUGACAGAGCCCUAAUAGUGGUGCCAUGUGCCGAAGUGACAAAGAAAGAGAAACAGAGAGAGAGAGGGAGAGAGAGAGAGAGGAAGAUUCCGGAAGAGGCCAAAGCCUUGUCGCUUUUAGCACCCGCCGCCCCCGUGCACAGCCUGCUCCCCGGCGGAGGGCUGCUCCCUAUCCCUACGCCGGCCCCGCUACAGAACUUGAACCUGCCCCUGGUGGGUCACAUGACCGGCGGCGCCGUUCUGGACCCCACCACGUCCUCCCUCUCGCAGCCCCCCCUCAUGGGCAACGUGGACCCCUCCAAGGUGGACGAGAUCAGGAGGACGGUCUACGUGGGCAACUUGAACUCUCAGACGACAAUGGCGGAACAGCUGCUGGAGUUUUUCAGGCAGGUGGGCGACGUAAAGUUCGUGCGGAUGGCGGGCGACGAGACGCAGCCGACGCGCUUCGCCUUCGUGGAGUUCGUUGAGCAGGACGCCGUCGCCCGGGCGCUCACCUUCAACGGCGUCAUGUUCGGAGACCGGCCCCUCAAGGUGAACCACUCCAACAACGCCAUCGUGAAGCCUCCCGAGAUGACGCCGCAGGCCGCCGCCAAGCAGUUGGAGAGCGUGAUGAAGCGCGUGCGGGAGGCGCAGUCCACCAUCGCCGCGGCCAUCGAGCCAGCCGAGAAGGAGAAACUCUACGCGGCUCAAUCGGGGAGAACGCGCCGCCAGUCUCGUUCGCGGUCCCGCUCCGGCUCGCGCAGGAAGCGCUCACGCUCCAAACACAGGCCUCCGCAGAAGUGGCCGAGGAACGACCAGCGCACUUCCCGAGGUGGCCACGGGAGGCGCUCUCGCUCCAGAGACAGGCGGCGGAGCACGAGCCGUUCCAGGGUCCGCCGGCGGAGUCUGGGCCGCUCCAGGAGUCCUCCCAGGAAGGCCAGGUCACCCUCGCCAAAAAGGAUUAAGAAGCAUCGGGAACGCAGCCGGGAAGCACGGGAACGCUCUUCAUCGAGGAAGAGGAGCCGCAAAGACGAAGCGCGGCCGAAAGGCAAGAAGACGCCCAAGGUGGGACGGGACUACGGCAGAGAGGCCUCGCCUUCCGAGGACGCCCGCUCGCCCCUCUUCACGCAGCACAACGGCGUCCACAAGGAGCGCAGCGACGACGCGUCCGUGUGACUCCACCCCAGGCCAUCGCGUCACCUCCCGACUGACUGACUUUGAGUUGUCGCUCCCCCGCCAGGAGGGCAAGUGAGCGCCACGAUGUCCAAUUUUUGAUGAUUUCUGCAACUGGGGCGUGUGAAAUGGCGGUACGUGUCGCAUGCGGCUCGGUCACGUGAUCCCAAAAUUGGCGGUUAACGGUGAGCCUCACUUGCCCGUUUUGGUGGCGUGAAAGGAAGGAAACACCUGACGUUUCCUGCUCGAGGCGCGGCGUUUACAAGGAGGCUUUAUUUUCUAUGUUUAUGUUUUUGUGGGCACGUUUGCUGUUUUAGUCCUUGUUUUGUUGUAUAGCUGUUAAAGAAAAAAAAUGUGUGUGUGUGUGCGUGUAAGAAAGAGGAAGGUGGUCAAAUUCAUAACCCAGUCCCAGGUUUCCGUUAUCUCCUUACACGGAGGCCCUCUUCUGAUUCUCACUUUCCUUUCCUACCCGAUCGAGAUGAACCGGAAGUACUUGGAGGAUAGGGCGUUCGAAUUUGACAAAACGCUAAGGAAAGAUACCGCGAUGCAACCUUUAAACCACCUUUAGCACAGGUUACUCCUGAGCAACCUUUGCGAAAGCACAGGAGAUAUGUUACCCACAAUCCUUAACGGCGGAAAAUAUUGAAAGCAACAGACCAGAGGCGAUUGCAGACUACAUGAAGACGCCCGAGCGUUUCACGCAAAAGACAAGACAAAAUAAAUAAUGCAAUAACUGUUAUUUUAAUCAAAUGAAAAGAUAGAACAGUAUAUAGAAAUAUAUAAACAAACGUAUCAACAAUACAGUUUGAUGAGUGAACAAUGACAAUGUAAACUCACAUUUUAAAAUGUGAAAUAUAAACCUAACAUUAAUAUCCAUACAGAAUAAAAACAACUUUAAACUUAAAAAUUAAAUCCAGAAUCAUGGGCAAUGGAUGAAAUUUAGAGACAGAAAAAUAAAAGAAAGCAAGCUAGAGACUUUUUUUUCAUGAUUUAUUCAUAAAAGGAAGGGUGUGAUUGGGAGGACCCCCCCCGGAUCAUAACCCGAGCGUUGUUCUGUUAUUGGACUUGGCGGGGGACAUCGACCGGAGCUGUGGCCGUAAGGUGGUCAGUGCCUGUCGUGGCGCCAAUCCCCGAACCCAUUGGUGGACACCAACGGUGAGGGAUGCCGUCAAGCUGAAGAAGGAGUCCUAUCGGUCCGUUUUGGCAUCGGGGACAGUGCCUCUGGAUUGGCAGACUGGGGUGGUGGUCCCCCUUUUUAAGAAGGGGGACCGGAGGGUGUGUUCCAACUACAGGGGGAUCACACUUCUCAGCCUCCCUGCUAAGGUCUAUUCAGGGGUGCUGGAGAGGAGGGUCCAUCUGGAAGUCGAAUAUCAGAUUCAGGAGGAGCAGUGUGGUUUUUGUCCUGGCCGUGGAACAGUGGACCAGCUCUACACCCUCGGCUGGGUCCUCGAGGGUGCAUGGGAGUUUGCCCAACCAGUCUCCAUGUGUUUUGUGG